AUGGCAGUUGUUCUUCAGGUGGACCAAGCCAUCUUAGCCGAGGAAGACCGUGUCGUUGUAGUGCGAUUUGGUCACGAUUGGGACCCCACGUGCAUGCGGAUGGAUGAGACUCUUUUCAAAAUUGCCCCUAAAGUGAAGAAUUUUUCGGUGAUAUACCUCGUCGACAUUACGAAGGUCCCCGACUUCAACAAGAUGUAUGAAUUGUACGACCCGUGCACUGUGAUGUUCUUCUUUAGGAACAAGCAUAUUAUGGUAGACUUGGGUACUGGUAACAACAACAAGAUCAACUGGCCUAUCACCGACGGUCAAGAGCUUAUCGAUAUCAUUGAAACAGUUUACAGAGGCGCGCGCAAGGGACGCGGUUUAGUUGUUUCUCCGAAAGACUACUCAACUAAAUAUAAAUAUUGA